AUGUCCCAGACGGCGACGGCGAUCACGUCAACUCCUUAUGUCUGGGAAGAUGUCUUACCAAACGAGCAGGAGACUUUCCAUGAUGAGAAGACGUCGGUGAUUGAGAACAACUCGCCCGCGUCGGCCCGGCCACCACUAGCAUUUCAAAACGGGAACUCCGUCACGCGCACCCCAGCGAACCCCCAGUCCUCUUCCGAGAGCUACAGCGAUGAGGAACCCUUCGAUGCCGUCCACUCUGCGUCUCUUGAUCACACGGAGCGAACGCCUCGCCUCAUCCAAGAUCAUGGACUGCCCGGGAGCCCGAUUGACCAGCGCACGACAGCGAAAGGGGAUUCUUCGGAGGCUAUGCACAAAAAGGUUUUGGCGGGGCGGCACCCGAAUAUGGACAACGACGAAAAUUCAAAAUGGAUUCACCGAGACAAGCUCGCAAAGAUUGAAAGCGAGGAACUCCAGGCUGCCGGCAUUUUCCUGCCCCGCCAAAGGGAUAGAGCAAGAUCGAAAAGUCAAAAUAGGCCAAAACGGGACCAGAGCCAGGACCAAGCCAAUGGGUCGGGCAGGUCGAUCGGGGGACCUGAGUCCAUUGUCUCGCGCUCAAGGAAGAAUUCGGCAGCCACAACGACCGAUGCAAGAACGGUUGAUCUUUCAAUCAUUCCUAGCUGGGAUCUGAGACGCCCAUCGGAGAUAUUAGAAGAGGGAGAUGGGCACUGGACAUCUAACGGAACUGGCAAAGGAUCUUCCCGAAUCCCGGUGGCAAAGACCAGCCCGGCCCCUCUGCCAAACGAGCAUCUCGCACGGGACACGCGCCUAACGCGGAAGCGAGAGGGGAGCCCUGGCGAAGAAGACUCGAUAACAUAUCCCAAGCCACGGGCCCGGAGUGGCAGUACGGGCAACGCCCUCAGUCCCACAAAAACGGCGGGGGCCGGUUCGGGUGGACAAAACACGAAACGACCCGACUCCUCUCCUAAGAAAACGGGGACGGCGGCAGGCGCAAGAAAACCGAAACCGGCCAAUGGCUCCGCGGGACGGCCGAAGACAAGGGGUGGCCCGAGCAAAGACUCCACGAGCAGCGGAAACGGCACUCGACCAUCAACCAGAUCCGGAGAUCGUGAGUUUUCGACCGGCAACUCCAAGCCGAUGGAAGGCGAACCUCCAUGGAUGGUCUCAGCUUAUCGCCCUGACCCGCGGCUCCCGCCAGACCAGCAGCUGCUACCGACAGUCGCGAAACGUUUACAGCAGGAAAAAUGGGAGCGGGAGGGCAAGUUCGGAAGUGUCUAUGACAAAGAAUUCAGGCCGCUCACCGACGAAGGCUUCCUCAGACCCCCUGAAGGCAGCGGGCAGGAGCAGGAAGCAGAGAAAGUCACUGAAGAUGAGCAGCAGGACGAACAACCCGGGUGGCCGUUGAAAGGGGAUUCAAAGAAUUCGGCGAUCCCAGGCCGAUCGAAUUCGUACUCCACCAUGCCUAAGAUUUCCGACACGCCUGUCAACACAAUGCCGAGCCCCAGGACACCGGGUCAUCAGUCGCAGCCCUCGCAAACGACCAAGGCACCUGAACCAGCCGAAGAACCGGAAGACAAGAAGGCGGGGUGCGGCUGUUGCAUCGUGAUGUAA